AUGCUAACAUCUAGGCUACAAGAGGUGAUGGAUAACAUCAUAGACAAGGGUCAGGCAGCAUUUGUUCUAGGAAAGGUCAUUCAUGACAAUAUAAUACUUAGCCAUGAACUAGUAAAAGGGUAUGGGAGGAAGGGAGUGUCACCUAGGUGCAUGCUCAAAAUUGACAAGCAAAAAGCAUAUGACUCUGUGGAAUGGGUGUUUUUAGAACAAGUCUUACAUGGGCUGCAAUUCCUUAACAUUUUUGUCAAAUGGAUUAUGAAGUGUGUAAACAGUGUCUCUUACUCAAUAGUAAUCAAUGGUAAUCCAAUUCCACCUUUUGAUGCAAAGAGAGGGGUGAGGCAAAGGGAUCCCCUCUCACUUUUUCUAUUUGUGAUUACCAUGGAAUACUUGAGUAGGAUCCUCCAAAAACUCGAAAGCAACCCUGAUUUCAAUUUCCACCCUAGAUGUGAAAAAAUGAACCUAGUACAGUUAGGUUUUGCAGAUGACCUCUUACUUUUUUGUAGAGGAGACCUAGGGUUUGCCCAAUUACUUUUUCAAGCUUUUAAACUAUUUUCUGAAUCAUCUGGUCUAAUUGCAAAUCAAAGCAAAAGUAGUAUCUACUUUGGGGGUGGGGGUAGAACAUGA